UAUCAUCGCUGCAGUGUUUUUUUGGGCGCUUUAACAUUUACUGACUACUGUACUUGAGUUUCUGCAGUGGUUUUAGCAUUAAACUUUCUUUGGCUCUGCUUUUAAUUGGAUAUAUUGAUGGCACUGUCAAGCCCAUAUGGAACCCUAUGUGCUUGUUAGGGUGAGUGCAUGUGGUGGCGGCCCGCUUACACAGUAUAAACUGCGCAUGAACGCACUGUGUAGUCUCUCUCUCUCACACACACACACACACACAUACGCACAGAAACACUAGUGUUCCAAGCAUCUCCGUGCGUGUGUGUUGGGGAACAUCCUGGAUUACCUGGACAGUGUUGGCACAAACGAUCAGAGUCUAAUGGGGUUUCUUUCAUAGACUGUCCAACAUGUUCACACAAAAGAGAAAAAUACACACAAUAAAGAUAGAAUGUCAAGGGUUUUGCCAUAGAAGCAUAGAGAGAGAGAGAAACACGCACACACAGGUUGACCACAAGCAUUUGGCUUCAGCUCUCACUCACACACACUGACCAGCGUAGUAGUGAUGUCAUCAGGGCUUUCGUGAGGGAUUACUCUGACAUCACCGGGCCCGCUGCCAGGUUAAACCUAUUAGCUGCCCCAUGUGCUUGCGCCGUACGACAUCUCGAGCGCUGUGUGUGGCCACGCGUAACGUUUAAAAGGCUGCCCACGUCCAUUCAUCGCUCCAUCAAUUUGCCACAGUGUCUAAGAGUGGAAGCGGGUUUCACAGUUAGCGUGCGCGGAAGACGUAAAUCCUGCAAGGACUCGACGGCAGCCCCUCGGUGACACUUUCGGAUCUGUUUCAUUGUGUCCACGUUUAGUGGAAGUGAAUGCCUUUGUUGGCACUGCAUCGCUGAAGAGCUGGCAAGGAAAUUAGUAGUGCAUGUUAAUUCAAAUGACUCAUACACAGUGAAAUAUCUAAAAGCGUAAUGAUUUUCACCAUCUUAUCUCGUUAUUAAUAUGUGAGAGACCCCGAACGUCUAAGAAAAAAUGUAUCUGCGCUACAGAUGACUAACACAGCACACAAAACGAUAUCUGCACUGAUAAUCAAGUCUCUUCCGCCAAAUCAUAUCAGUAUUAAACAUUUCAGCCCACUACAAGUACAACACAAGUCUUUUUGGUGCAUUAUUUUCAUUGCAUUUAAUAAUAUUGAUAUUGGGUAUUGUAUUUACAUUUUUCGUUUGAAUGCAUUGUGUACUGCCUUAUUGUGGUAGUAAUAAUAAGGUAACAUGCAAAUGAUGAAUGUUUUUUUUUUUUUGGUUCAUUUCCCAUCGCGUUGUGUUUACAACACGUCCCCUAUCGUCAUGCUCUAUUUUGUCAUCAUUUCCUGCCCUUAGCAACUGCAUGCUGAUUGGUUACCUGUCCCUUUUCAAAGCUGCGACAUCGCCAAGGUAACCACGUCACAAACAUGACUCGGCAGGCAGGGCAAAUGGUAAGCAGGAAGUGCGAGAUGAGAUGAGAUGAAGGAAUUGGCCCUUGACACACAAAACAGCCCGUUUUUUUUAUUUAUUUAUUUUUUUUUUUUAUUUUUUUUUUUUUUUUAUAUCCAAGGCGGGGUAUUGGUCGAGAAACGCUUGGUUGGCAUCAAAGCGGACUGGCCUCCUUAGCCACGCCGCCGGCGACUCUUCCUCACAAUAACUUUGCUCAUUCACACACACUGGAAGAUGAAUAGUCAGUCUUUGUAGCCCUGCUUUCCCGCAUCUUAAAGGUGCAGUUGCCAUGGCAAUAAUCUGCCACUUUAGCAGGAACUGUGAAUUUUUUCUUUUUUUUUUUUUUUACACCAUUCAGCCACCGUCGUAGAGAAUUCAAUUAACUCUGAUGUAUGUGCUUUCUGUAUGAUCCUGUCAGCCGGUGGUGUCAGACAGAUGGAUGUAUGGGCAAUCUCCGCUACCUUAGUCCACACGGAUUGUCGCUCACAAUCGGUGUUGUUUGUUGAGAAACAUCUAUCCAUCCAUUUUCUGAGCCGCUUCUCCUCACUAGGGUCGCGGGCGUGCUGGAGCCAAUCCCAGCCAUCAUCGGGCAGGAGGCGGGGUACACCCUGAACUGGUUGCCAGCCAAUCGCAGGGCACAUAGAAACAAUCAACCAGUCGCACUCACAUUCACACCUACGGGCAAUUUAAAGUUGUCAAUUAACCUACCAUGCAUGUUGUUUGGGAUGUGGGAGGAAACCGGAGUGCCCGGAGAAAACCCACGCAGGCACGGGGAGAACAUGCAAACUCCACACGGGCGGGGCCGGGGAUUGAACCCCGGUCCUCAUCCUCAGAACUGUGAGGCAGAUGGGCUAACCAGUUGUCCACCGUGCCGCCUGUGGAGAAACAAUGACGCAAAAAAGGUAAUGCACUGACUGAUCGGUAUUUGGUAUUUGUAAAACCCGCCAAACUGUUACAUUGCCAGUCACUCAAAGCUACAGUUAAAUGUACAAUUUACACUAAAACCUAACAACAAAGCGCUUGUGCAAAUGCAGAAAGGCACUUUGGAACUAUGUGCUGUACGCUAUACAAUGUUUCCCAACCUUUACUAAGCCAAGGCACAUACAGUAUCUUACUUUAGAACAUAGGUGUCCAACUCGAGGCUCGGGGGCCCAGAUCCGGCGCGACACGUCAUUUAAUGUUAAUGUUUCUUGCUAAAGUACCACAAUUGAUUGAGAUUUGUAAGCCUUUUUUUGUUACCUGUACCCCUUUAAAAGUAACAUUUAUAUUUGAACAUUUGUCAUUAGCUUUUAUGUAUUUGUAAUAAUUUGAGGCGUUUAACAUCAUAACACAUGCAUGAACGUCAUAACGGCCCUAAAAAAAACAAAAAAAACAUAACUACGAUGUGGCCCACAACAAAAAUGAGUCCAUUUGAACAAAAUAAGUGCCUCCCUCAAAUAGUCUCCCAUACUCCAUUGUUAACAUGUGGUCGCUCCUAUUUUUUAUUACGGGGAUCUACAAGUCUUGUUUAUUACACUAAAGUAUUAUACAAAUGCAUUUUAUACAAAAAUAAGGCCUCACACCCAAUAGACAACUUCCCAAAUCUGAAGUGGAGUAAAUAGGCGGGUUGGCCACUAGAUAAAGUAAUCACUCAAAGCCACCGUUAAAUGUGCAGUUUACACAAAAAUCCUAACAAAGGGCUUAUACACUGCUGAAUUGCACUUGCACUCCAUUUAUGGAUGUUUGCAAUUGCAUAGAAGAAAUCAUAUACUGUAUGUAUGAAGGAGCAUUAGGAUGGAAGCACUUACGAGGACCAGUACAAUAUAACUACCACUGUGGCAAUAAAACACCAGUUUAGCUCGCAAUGUUCUCGCUUGAUUGCAUUACAACGGGACUACAGUAUUUUCCCAGCUGGUUGCGGCACUUUCCAACAACAUGGAAGACAUAGUGCGCUCAAAAUAACGUAGCUGUGUCCCAAUUAAGGGGGCUGCAUCCGGAUGCUGUAAUUGAAGGCAGAUGACAUCAUAAUGACAAAGGCUGGCACAUCUCAAAUGCAGCAAAUGGCAGCGUGGUGGACUGUUGGUACCAGAUGAUAUUUUGCUCAGUUUACGUGCUGACUUAACAGAGUAGUUAUAUUUAAGUUGAAAAGAAACUGCAUGGACACACUUACACAAUCCUUAUGACAUAUCAGAAAAUCAACUACACGUCCCUAUUUUUGUUGUUGCAGUUUUAGCCUUGUUAGUCCGCAGUGGGUAUCGAUCGCGUAACCUUGUAGCCGAGUCCGUCGUGGGUGCUGAACAAUUUUUUAUUUUCUUACGGCAAUCCCUCAACGCGUGUCUGGCACACCGCCCGUAAAUUACCUGUGUAAACACACGCCUGCACUUAACCGGUGGACUGUGUGUGUCUGCCUGUUUAGUUUCAGCGUGCGUUGUUUAGCAUCGUGUCUGUCUGCAGAGCUUUGUAAUACCCGAUUACCUCCGUCAAGGUCGAAAAGCGUGGGCGAAGCACUGACCUAUUUGUACAACCUAUUGUAUGGAAUUAUUCUCAUUUCAUUGUUUCUCUUGACUCCACUAAAUCUAGUAUUUAUAGGUGGAUGUCUUUUUUUGUUGUUGUCCAAUCAGAUUUCAGCCUCUCUGUGUGUUUCAUGAUCAUGUAAUCUGCCCAGGGCCUUUAGAACCAAGAGUGCUGGCCCUUGUAAUUUUCACAGUUUUCGUAAUGGCAUCAGCAUUUUUUCGUCUUCGGCUUGGUCGGUCAGAGCAGGCCAAGUUCGACUGGCCAAUGACGUCUUGAGCGAUCUGCACACAUUAGUACAUUAAUAGAGAGCGUUGUACCUGAACUUGUUCAUAGGCUUGUCAUGAUAUUUACUAUAUCGACUUAUUAAAAAAAAAAAAAAAAAAAAAGAACUGAACUAGUUCAUUUUUGGAAUGGAAUUGUCUGCAUCUUAUCAGUAUCUGUACUUCUACUUAAGUACUUUAACCACGUCUGGUUACAUGGCAGCGUGCGUCAGGCACGGUGGGAGAACACGUGACGACGGCAGCGUUGUCAUCCGUCGCGCCGACAUCGUGUUCAAAGCAGAUGCUUGUUUUGCGAGGAGGCACAGGAGAUGCUUGUCACCUGUCCUGACACGCUCAGCCGAGUCACUACAUGGGUAGGCCUACCGCGUGGCAACGCGGGUGUCACAGGGCCCACCGGUGUGACGGCAUUGUCGUGCGCACACAAACACAUGAUGUGUUGUCACACGCUGUAUGAGUCCGACAGAGCGGAGCAGGAGCCGGAACACCGCUGGAUUUACAGUGUGUUAGUGCACAGUUGCUACAUUGGUCCGAUACAAUUGUGAAUUUAAUAAUAGAAUUAAAAAAAAAUAAAAAAAAAAGUGGAAUGGUGGAUGACUGGUUAGCACAUCUGCCUCGUAGCUCUAAGGACCGGGGUUCAAAUCCCGGCCCCGCCUAUGUGGUGUUUGCAAUAUUCUCUCCGUGCCUGCGUGGGUUUUCUCCUGGUAUUCCGGUUUCCUCCCGCAUCCCAAAAACAUGCAUGGUAGGUUAAUAGAAGACUGAAUUGCGGUGUGAAUGUGUGUGCAAAAUAGUUGUUUGUUAUAUGUGCCCUGCGAUUGGCUGGCGACCAGUUGAGGGUGUACCCCGCCUCUCGUCCCGAAGAUAGCUGGGAUAGGCUCCAGCACGCCCGCGACCCUAGUGAGGAGAAGUGGUACAGAAAAUGGAUGGAUGGAUAACAAGUGACCACUGCAAAGUCAUCAGUCUCUAAAUUUUGCUAUUGAUGUUGGAGUUAAAUGAACAUUGUUGUUUUAUUUUAUAAACUACUGACAGCCUAACUUGUUUCUUUGUUCUACCGAUAUGCCUCUUAUAAUGUUAUUCUUACACAUUUAUUUCUCAUGACUGGAAAGGUAAAAAGGUAUUGAUGUCCUCUGUCGACUCGUGGUUGCUUCUGUGAUGCGCUACUCCCCCCUACUGGUGGAAACUGUCAAUUACAGGAGUUGAAUGAGUGAGUGAUAUGAUUUAGUGCCCUCAUAACAACUAAUCUGGUCUACAAAUGGCCACUGUCACUUUCUGACAGGGGAAAGUCAAAGUCAAACGGACUCGAACUCUGCACAACACCCGUCCAUAUAGCUGGGACAGUGAGAAAGUUAGAGUAAGCAUGUCAUUAACAGUAUUUAUUAAUUGAAUUGCAAUAAAGCAAUUUAAUUACAGUAAGUUAACACCCAUUAUUUCUGUCAUGUAAUGUUGAUCUGACCUAAACUUAUGUCAGUGGCCAAUCCUUGAAUGCCCCUUUUGUCUAAAAUGCUAGAGAAUAAGUUUGAGCUGGGAUGGGCUCCAGCACACCCGCAACCCUUGUGAGGAUAAGCUGUACGGAUACAAUAUACAGUACACAAGUAUAUGCACUAAAUGAACAAGUCAUGUGAAUAGACACAUUGCUCCAUCUUCUGAUCGGUUAUCGUUUCUUUUAAACUUGCUGAUCGGUGAUUGGCCCCAAAAAUCCUGUAUUAUGGGCAACCAAAACAUCAGCUUUUAAUAAUAAGGCCCACUCACUUGUUAACUGUCAGAACACUUUGGCAAAUAAAACACACGUGGACAACAGUGAAUGUAAUUUAGCGGCGACGGGACUUUCAGGACGCAAAAGUGUGGCCGUGCAGCCAGUCUACAGCAUUACUAGAAAACAUACUUGAUUAUGAGCUGACUGAUAUGAUAAAUUAGUUUACUCUGCUUUUGCACUUUGCCCCCUCCUAUUACAUCCCUCGCGCUCUCUCCCGCUCUAUCAUCUUUUUUCCCUAAGUCACACCCACCAUCUCCCUGGCUCUCUAUAAUCUGCUCUCCUCCUCCUCUUCUUUACUAACCCUCCACGCCGAAGCCCCGGUCACACCAGGCGCGCUCGGUUGGAGUUCGAGUACCCUCCGCCUUCCCCUGACCCCCGCUCCCCCCCGGUCGAGAUGAGUUUACCGGUCAACUCCGAGUACCUGUCGCUGGAGAAGAUAGCACGCUACCGCCACGCCUGCUCCAACAGCUCGCCCUACGCCACCAACAAGCCCAUCGACAUCAAACCUCGCGGCCGGAGAGGUUUCGACGUGGACAAUGGAACUUCAUCAGGUCGCAGCCCGCUGGACCCGAUGGCCAGUCCGGGAUCGGGUCUCAUCCUGCAGGCCAACUUCGUCCACAGCCAGAGGAGGGAGUCGUUCCUGUACCGCUCGGACAGCGACUACGACCUCUCGCCCAAGUCCAUGUCCCGAAACUCCUCCAUCGCCAGCGACAUCCAUGGUGACGACAUGAUUGUAACACCAUUUGCACAGGUCCUUGCCAGCCUAAGAACUGUAAGGAAUAACUUUGGUGCGUUAACCAACCUACAGCAAGACAGAGCGUCCAAUAAGAGAUCACCCAUGUGCAACCCACCGCCCAUCACCAAGACCACCUUUACAGAGGAGGCCUACCAGAAACUGGCCACUGAGACUCUGGAGGAGCUUGACUGGUGCCUGGACCAGCUGGAGACCCUGCAGACCAGACACUCAGUCAGCGAAAUGGCCUCCAAUAAGUUCAAGAGGAUGUUGAACAGGGAACUGACUCACCUGUCGGAGAUGAGUCGCUCUGGGAAUCAGGUGUCUGAGUUCAUCUCCAGCACUUUCCUAGACAAGCAGCACGAAGUGGAGAUGCCGUCGCCUCAGUCUCAGAAGGACAAGGAGAAGAAGAACAAGCCCAUGUCUCAGAUCAGCGGCGUGAAGAAGCUGCAGCACUCGUCCAGCCUCACCAACUCGAACAUCCCUCGCUUUGGCGUCAAGACGGAGACCGAGGACGAGCUGGGCAAGGAGCUGGAACAUGUAAACAAAUGGGGCCUUAACGUUUUUAAGAUUUCGGAAUUCUCUGGGAAUCGGCCACUGACAGUCAUGAUGUACACCAUAUUCCAGGAGCGAGACUUGUUAAAAACGUUUAAAAUACCACUGGACACCUUUAUCACCUACUUGAUGACCUUAGAGGACCACUAUCACGGCGAAGUGGCCUACCAUAACAACAUCCACGCUGCUGACGUCACCCAGUCCACCCACGUGCUGCUAUCCACCCCUGCGCUCGAGGCAGUGUUCACGGACCUGGAGAUCCUGGCCGCCAUCUUUGCCAGCGCCAUUCACGAUGUGGACCACCCAGGAGUGUCUAACCAGUUCCUCAUCAACACCAACUCUGAGCUGGCGCUGAUGUACAACGACGCGUCGGUGCUGGAGAACCACCACCUGGCCGUGGGCUUCAAGCUUCUGCAGGAGGAGAACUGCGACAUCUUCCAGAACCUCACCAAAAAACAACGACAAUCACUGCGCAAGAUGGUCAUCGACAUUGUGUUGGCUACUGACAUGUCCAAGCACAUGAAUUUACUUGCUGACCUGAAAACCAUGGUGGAAACCAAAAAGGUGACCAGCUCGGGAGUGUUGCUGCUGGACAACUACUCGGACAGGAUACAGGUCCUGCAAAACAUGGUGCACUGCGCUGACCUGAGCAACCCCACCAAGCCACUGCAGCUGUACAGGCAGUGGACCGACCGGAUCAUGGAGGAGUUCUUCAGCCAGGGCGACCGCGAGAGGGAGCGAGGCAUGGAGAUCAGCCCCAUGUGCGACAAACACAACGCCUCCGUCGAAAAAAGCCAGGUCGGCUUCAUCGACUACAUCGUGCACCCCCUGUGGGAGACGUGGGCCGACCUGGUGCAUCCAGACGCUCAGGACAUUUUGGACAUGCUGGAGGACAACCGGGAGUGGUACCAAAGCACCAUCCCCCAAAGCCCCUCGCCCGCCCUGGACGAGGCCGAGGACGGCGGGCGGCACCCGGCCGGGGACAAGUUCCAGUUCGAGCUGACGCUGGAGGAGGACGGCGAGUCGGACACGGAGAAAGACAGCGGCAGCCAGCCGGAGGAGGAAGAUGAAGAUGAAGAGGAGGAAGAGGACGAGGAGGAGGAGGAAAAAAGCUGUACGGACUCCAAAACCCUCUGCACGCAGGACUCGGAAUGCACUGAAAUUCCAUUGGACGAGAAGGUGGCAGAGGAAGAGGAGGUUGCGGAGGAGGGGGACACUUCCUGCUCACAGACGUGUGUCGCGCAGGAAGAAGAAGAAGAAGAAGAGGUGGCUGCGGAGGAGGAGGAUGAAGAUGAGGAGGAGGAAGAGGAGGAAGUGAAAACUCCCGACACAUAACAGAGUUAGGGGGCGGUGAACUGUUCUUCUUAGUAAUGAUUAUUUAUAGAAUUUUUAUUAUUUUUUUUGGGGGGGGGGGGGGGGGGGUUAUGUGUUUUGUCUUAUUUUUAUGUUCCCCGUCCACCCUGCUCAGACAGCCCUCGUAAGCCUGUUCUAGACUGUACCGCACAAGCAAAAGAUGAUGAUGCAAAAUUUCCCGCGUACUCCUGCUAGGCCAUUGGAACCGCGCUCGAGUCCACUUGACUCCAGAGCGUUCGGUUCUGAUGUGUGCUCAAGUUCGGUACGCUUCCCCCAAGAGAUUUGACCCGAUUGGUUGUUGAUGUGCACGGUAUGAAAACAAGUCUACGUCACAUGCAGGCACACUUACACAAUAUUUGAUUAUGAUUAUUAUGAUUGUCAUCUCUCCUCUUGCCAGUUACUCACGAUCACCGCCGCCUUCCACGGUAGAAAUGAACCAAAUGAGUACAAAUAAAACGGGAUGAAAAACACACGCAAUGUGUAUGAUGACAUAAACAGAACAACUGAAUCUAAUGCACAGUCACCAAAAAAAAAAAAAAAAAAAAGACCACAGUACACUGUCAUUCGAUUGCACUGGAAAAAAAUGAUCUUCUCAAAAGAAGUAAAAAUAUAUAUAUAUGAUAUGAUAAGAUUCUUAAAAUAAGGACAGUAGGAUGUGUUUAUUAGAUAUAAGACAAAUGCACUAGGUAAGAUUUUGCGUUUUUGCAGCGUAUGCGAGUGUUCCCCGUCACGAUAACCGCCACCUUUUCAAGAGGAAUCUCAGGCAAGUCCGGCCCGCUUUCAAAUGGCCUUGGACUGGCUGCAAAAGGCCGACAGUGUAGGACAGGCUUCGGGCCACACCAAGCACACCUCCAUCCACUUGUGAGCUCUGCGCAAGCGUCCCAACCGCACGUCUGCUUCAAACAUGCCCAACUACCGGUACUCGGUCACUUUUUAUUUUUAUUUUUUAUUUGUUUUUGCACUCAGGAUAACUUUGUAUUCCUGUUCACAUUGAGGUGUCGUGUUUUGUCCUCCAUCCCCCCUUGUUCUUCUUCUCUUAUGUCUGAGAGGGUGUGUGUAUGUGUAUAUGUGUGUGUGUGAAAAAGACAGCCUUUAGAAACACAUUAAGGAUGUGGAAGUCUUCCUUGGAAAGCGGAGCGAUGCUGUCUUUUUGUCUUGUCGUCUUCUGACAUUUUCUACAUAUUCUUUUACUGAGCGAGUGCGGAUGUUAUGGUCUUUUUCUUUCUUUUUUUGGUUCUUUUUUUGGGGUGUGUGUGAUUGUGGGACUCUUCUGAGGCGUUUGCACUUGCUCCGAUAGCAUUUAUACUCCUUAAUAUACUCCCACUCGGCUAACUUGCUAGGACUAAUUAUUACUUUUUGUUUUGACCAUGGAGGAAGUGAACUUGAAGAAAAAAAAAAAAAGAAAAAAGUUGAAGUGGGGUGAAGCCUUUAAAUAUUAUCGUUGCCUACAGUUCUUUUUGAACACAUCCUGAGACAAUGCAAUGCUUUGUAGUCCAUACAACAAAAAAAGCACCUUUUUUUCCAUUUUUUAAAGAAUACAACUAGCAACUGUUUAAUGGGUAACGGGGUGAUUAUUUUUUUAAUAUUAUUUAUUUUUUAUUUGUUUGUUUCAGUAUCACUUCCUGUUUGUUUUGCUGUUGUUUUUCCACCGCAUUCAAGCCAGUGGCUGUCUUUGUUUCUGGACCAGACAAUCAGCUCUGACUGGUUAACUGACACCUUCACAUGUCGCCUAGUUUUAUUUUUUAUUAUAUUUAUUUCUUUUUCAUUUUUUCAUUCAAUGUUCUUUUUUUCUUUUAUUUCUUUUCUAUUCCAUUUUAUCUUAUUUUAAUUGUCAUGUUUUUUUAUGAAAUAUUUAUUGUUCAUUUCUUUUUAUUUUAAUUGUAUUUUUUUCUAUUUUCAUUUGAUUUGUUGAUUCAAUUUUGUUCCAUUUCUUUUUUUUAAUCUUAUUUUUAUUAUAGUUUGAGUUUUAACUUUCAUUCAAUUCAUUUUUAAAAAUGUUUUUUUAAUCAAUUUCUUCUGUUUUUAUUUUAUGUUCUUUCUUUUUUGUUUUUUAUUGUUUUUAUUUAUUUUGCUUUCAUUGUUUUGUUCUUAUUUUUACUUUCAGUUCUGUUUUUAAUUUAUUUUAUUCUCUUUUACUCUAACAUGCCAACAUGUCUCGCGCACUCAUUACAAGUUUUAGUUUUUUAACCCUUUUUUCCUCCCAAUUACACAUUUUCUACUAUAUUUUGUAUUUUCCCUCCAUUUAUUUGAAUCAUUUGAAGGUGGCACAGUAAAGAAGUCAUUGCAGCAUAGACAGGCUUGCCAGUUCAAACAUCCAAAUAUUAAUUUUUGUUUUUCUUCUUUGGUGUACAUAACGUAUGAACAACAGUUACCAAAAAAAGGAAAAAAAACACACACUUGAAGAGUACACACGGAUUUUCUUUUCAUUUUGUGGUGUCUCUCUUUUUUAAUCUCUCAUUUUUGUGCCAAAUGUAUUUUUCCCUCUAUUCUCACGCUCACCCAAUGCCCUUACCUGUAAUACGAUCUUUUUGAGUUUGAAUCGCUGUUUACAAACAUGAUAUUUAUUGUUGUAUAUAUGCUAUAUAGUUAUCAUUAUUAUUAAUGUUAUUACUAUCAUAACGCCGUUUGUUGUAAAUGGUCGACUCUUAAUCAUCCCUUUUGGUGAUGGUGUGGCUGGAAUCACGUACCUCUUGUUGAGAGAAUGUGUUUGAGUGAAAAAAAAAAAAUAAUAAGGUUUUUAAAAAUGGUUGCUUGGGGAGGGGGAGCUAACCGAGGGCGGUAUAAGCCAAAUUAUUUUCUAAAAAGCAACUGUUCCUUGGCCCAUGGGCUGUGCCUUAAAUUCAACACUCUCUGUCGCCCUUUUUCUUUCUUCUUCUGCUGCUGCAUUAGCGAUGUACGGGGGCCUAGAAGGACGAAGUUGCAAAACUGAAAACAAAUGUUCAUGUUUGUUGAGGUUGGCAUUGUAGCGUUACGCACGGUACUAUUUUGGGAUAAUACUACCGACAAAAUCACCGUUCAGUGAUUACAUGAGGGGGAGGAAAAAGCAACUUCAGUACAUUGUGAUAACUUCUUCACUGAAGAAAGGAAAACUUAAGCAUACAUUUAAAAGAAAAAAAAGUUUAGUCAAAUUAUUUUGGGGGAUAGAUAAUUAAAAAAAAAAGAAGAAUUCAACAAAAAAAAAAAAAUCGGUAUUUACUACAAUGUUGGACAGCGAUAGUAUUGUUGUUGGAUUUUGGUGUAUCGAUACUGUCCUGCGAUAGCAAUAGCCGUGCGAGAUAAUGCGGGGAAGCCAAAUAUUUAAAAAUACUGUAUUUAUUCAAACUUAGUAAUCAAGACUGUGUUGUGGCGCUUCGUCAAAACGAAAUGGAAUGACGAGUAGCGGAGUACCAAAUACAUUUGAGAAACAUUUGAUAGUCAUAAUAUUAAUUAGAAUAAAGUAACAACAAACCUCUCUUUGCUCGACAGAGCGACAAGUAGUGGGACAACCGAAUCGUAAAAAUCGGACGUAGUAAAACAACAAUGGAGAAAAACAUUACAAUGUUUUUAAAAUUAUAGUAAUGACAGAGCUGUUUUCUUACGGACUCUUCGUCAAAAGAAUUUGACUUGAUGUUAAAAAACAAAAGUGAUUUGGUCAAAUUGUUCACAAUACAUAUUUACAAUAUUUAUUAAAACUAACGACAAUCAGUGCUGUCCUCGACGGUAUUCGUAAAAGCAAAAUGUAACGCUAAUCGUGUAGUAAAAUGUUUGCAUUCAUGAAUUGGAGUAAAAACCGCAGCAAUGCAUUGCAGCUGUUAUAGAAACAACGAAACGACAAUUGGCGCUUUUGAAAUCAAAACAUAAAAGUAGUAUCGUCCUUAACAGCGGUAACAUCGAUGUAAUCGAGCAUCGAUCUGACUUUGGUGCAUCCGUGCAGUACGUUUGUUAGAACAAAGUAAUGACAAUUGGCCCAAAAGUAAAUUUAUUAAGCAACAUAUCUUUCACAACAUGUACAUUUGUUGAGCAUUUUUGUUUGUGAUACUUCUGGGCCACCGUAGCGAUGUCCUCACCUCUCGAUAAAUUGCCUUUUUGUUUCGCUGUUGAAGCCAAACUUUUCCCCAAGGAAAGCACACAAGGCUUAGCGACACACACACACAAACCCACUCACACGUGCACGUUCAGCCGCUGCUGCAUUAAAUUUGGCUGACAUGCUGACUGUGUGUGUGCGUCGCUAAUGGACGCCCCUCCCCGGCAAUAGAACCCGACGUUCCGGCCAACAGAGACGCUUCUUUUGACACAUAUACUGUAGACGCUAAACAGCCCUGGCCCAAUGGAAACAGUCUGUUCUUCUUUUUUGUGUUCUAUUUUUUUAAUGGUAUGACAGAAAGGAAAGAAAAACACACAAACUGUAACUUAAAAAAGAAAGGAAACAAAAAGGUCUUCAGGACGCGACUAUUAUUUUUUUGGGGUUAUGUCUUUAGAAUGCCAACUUGUCUGGACGUUUCACAGGACAAUUCCAAAUGUUAUUUUAUUGGAAUUCUUGUUGAUUGCAGUCUAUUGGAUAGCACUGUAGAGCAUACAACUUUAUGGAUAAAAAAAAUGGAGAAAAAAAAGAAUGAAAAAAGUGUUUUUAUAUGCAAUGGAUUAAAUAAAAGCAUGGGUUGAUUCUGCCUAA